CGGAUCUGUACCACUGGCAGGCCGCGUUCAGUAUCGUCUUCCUUGGUCUUUCGGUCAUGAACCGUUGACUCAAUCUAUCCUAGACCUUUCACGAGCCACUUCGCAUCCCGAAACGUUCCUGAUUGACCUCGCGUCUUCUGAAACUUCCACUUCACUCUUGCCUCGUUACAGGUCGGAAAGCGACGGACAAAAGUAUAAUCGCACCGAUGGCGGGCAAAGCAAAAUCCAAGGCAAAAGGCGUCAGUGCCAGCUCCUUCCUUGACCUCAAAGCCGAGCUGUCCAAGCAAACGGACGAGUUCACACGCAACAAAGCAGGGACGGCGGGCUACGUCGUGGGCGGGGUCAAGCGACCUGACAAGAAACCAACUGUAUGGACACGUCAAAACCACGGCGUGUCAAAACGGGCCGCGCGAGACCUCGAGAUGGAGAAAGUCAGCCAGCCGACGUUGGAAUCGGCGCGCAGCGCACUUGAACGCAAGGCCAAGAUAUACGAGAAGCUGAAGAAAGGAAAACAUGGCGGCUUGUCGGACAAGCAAUAUGAGAAUCUGCUCGUCGAUUUUGAUUCAAAACCUGGGGAUCAUUUCUUCGAGUCAGACAGUGACGAUUUGGACGAAUCGGUCGCGCUCGCUCGCCCACCCCCCGAUGAGGAUGACCCUAUUGUUGAGUACGAAGAUGAGUUCGGGCGGCUGCGCACAGCUCGGCGGUCAGAGGUCCCGCGCGAACUUCUAAACCCUGAGCCCCAAGUAGACGAAGAUGAGGACCUGGUUAUCCACAACCCUGUCGGCCACUUUCCGGUGUACAGGCCCAGUGCUGAACGAGUGGCUCAAAUUGAGAAAGAACAUGCAGAGGAGAACAACCCGCUCGGUGCUCACUACGAUGCAUCCGGCGAAAAUCGUGCCAAAGGCGCUGGUUUCUACCAGUUUUCCAAGGACGAAGAGACUCGCAAGGCUCAGAUGGACGAGCUCAAGGCGUCGAGGGAAGAGACUCUGAACACAAGGAAAGAGACCGGAGCGAUCGACGUCCUACCAGGCGAUAUAGAAGGCAUGCGAGAAGGCCCUCCAUCUGGACAAAGUCGCGCCAUGGAAAAGAGGAAACGAGACCUGGAAGAACGGCGAAAGCUGCUCGAUGCCAAGCGCCGGAAGCUAACAGCGACCUCCACUCCAAGUCAGACAACGAAACCAACGUCAGUCGAGGCAGUCACCCCGCCUGUCGAUCCGUUUGCUGCGCUGGAACAGUCUGCUCAGUCGUCAGGCAAGAGUGCUGCCGAUCAAUUCCUAGCUGAACUGGAACAAGACUUCAUGAAGCAACAGCGUAGAUAACACAUCAUCAUCGAGCAACGCAAACCGACCCUCUCCCUGCUCAUAUCGAAUGUUCUCCUCUCCUCUCCGGCGCAUCCGAUCCUUCACUUGCUCCCGGCCUGCUAUCACGUCCUCUAUGAACGUUCUCGCAGCGAUCAAGACGUCCAUGGCUGGCCGACUGUAUGUGCGAUGACCAGCAUUGAGCUGGACUGGCGUCUGACCGCUCUGCUCUCGGACGAACGCGAUCAAAUACUGCAUCGAGUCCAUCCACUGCACAAUCGAGCCCUCGGAAGGGAAUAUGAUCGUCUCUACUUCGUACACGGUGUCCCCGACAUAGAGCAUCCUUUCCGAGUAAUCGUAGAGUGCGACCUCGUCUGGAGUGUGCCCUGGAGUAUGCAAGACUUGAACGUUGAGCGGAACGUCCUCCACGGAACGAAUCUGAUACGCGUGCGAAACGAGAGUGGCCUUGAACUGCGGAGUUUUCAGGCCCAGGGUUUGACACAGACUGUGUGCAGGCAAAUUCUUCGGUGAUAUGAAAGACGCGUCGUGACCAGAUACCAAGAUGGGAGAGUCUGUGAAUUGUUCUAUCCCCACUAUCUCAUCUCAAUAUCUGUCUGUCCGCGGAUCGGUAUCGAACACUCACGAAUGUGAUCAUAGUGACAAUGAGUGGCAACCACGACGUAGUCCAUCCUACCUCCCUCAUUGAGCGCAACUCCUCCAUUACAGUCUAGUUUUGCCUUUUCAAUGAAGGUUCGCAAGGAGGUUGUCUUCGCAGGUCGUGCGCUCUUCCCUCCACAGCCAGAGUCGAUGAUUAGUACAGUGUUUGCGGAAGAGACCACUUUGACGAAGAUUUGGGGAUGCUCGUCGAAAAUGUCGUCGUACUCGCUGUCCGAGGUCAGCCGGGAAGCGCCAAGUGAGAUGGAACUCAUACGUGAGCAUGAAGGUUGUAGGGGUCAAUCGGAUCGCAGUAAAUGCAUAGCUAGGUUGGCCGUAUGAACUUGUCCUCCGACAGCGUCGAUACAGAGGGAUGGACAGCAGGAGAAGGAAUGUGAGAGAUAGUAGCCACGCGUUUUCAGCCGCCAGACACGGGACAUAUAACGGCGACCUCUUCUCCUCCACGCAGAAUGCAGCUCUCGGGCUCAUCGACCAUCUCCGCAUCCACGCUCCAUUUGCUUCCAUCCAAGAUCUCACGGAGCGCCGGACUUUGCGGAUGUCUUGCGACAAGCAGAUCACUCAAGUAGCUGAGCGGGAAUUGGGUCUGAGGCAGCUGAAUCUUUUCGAAUGUGAGGCCAGUGGCAGUAGAUGCGGCAGCGAAAUAGAGAACCAAGAUCUCAGUGGGAGCCGAC